CUGUUUCCAUCUGCUUUGCUUCUUCUUGUUCUUCCAAAAGGAUUCAAUUAUAGUAUUACUUAAAGGAUAGGUUUUCUAGUUUGACCCCUUUUGCUAGUAUUAAAAUAAAGUAAAAAUCUGUCUUGACAUUGCUGCCGCGUUUCCCAUAUUCAAAGAGCUUCAUUUCCAGGAAAUGCAAAAAGGGCUGCCAGCCUCCAAGGGGGUCCCUGUUUGAAUCUUCUUUUUUGUCUGCUUGAUAAAGCAGAAGGCCAAGUACCUGAGAUCUGGUUUUCAAGAGUAUAUCAGCAUCGAUCAAUAGUCUGAAUUUGAUUUCAGAAUGGCAAGUGAUGAUCAGAUCAUCAAGGUUGUCGGGGAUCGAUUCUGUGUCCCUUACACGAUGGAGCUCCUUGUCAAGAGGAAAAUACAAUCGUUUUCUAAUGCACACUACGAUGUGUUUGAUGCAACCGGGAACGUUCUCCUUCAAGUCGAUGGCGGUGUCUGGAACUUCCAGAGGAAAAGGGUCAUGAAGGAUCCUGCUGGUUUGCCUGUCAUCACCAUGCGCGAAAAGCAGGCAUUAUCCUGGAAACAGCAAUGGGUAGUUCAUCAAGGUGAAAGCUCGGAAAAGGACCAUUUUAUCUGCUGCGUGCAAAGAUCCAAUGCUCUCCAGAUCAAAAACAAGCUUGAUGUUUGCUUAGCAAGCAGCUAUAAGGACGAUGGCCGCGAUUUCCGUGUAACUGGAAGUUUUGCUUCCCUUUCUUUCAAAGUUCGGAGAGGCAAUUCAAUCAUUGCAGAGGUUAGCCACAAUUUCACAUGGGGGAGCUGCAAGGGCAAAGAAAGUUUCAAGGUGAAAGUGUAUCCAGAGGUGGACUACGCCUUCAUUGUAGCUUUGGUGGUAAUUAUGCACGAGAAUGACAAUGCAUAAUACUUCAGUCUAAAGCUUUUGGUUUUUUCUCCUCCCAAGCUUGUAUGAAUCAUCUUCUGCUGUAAUGAAUACCAGAACAGCAUACUUCCCUUGCACAUGCACACCCGCAGAAAGGAGAUCAAACUUAGAUUGAAGUGUAUAAUAUUCCUGACCAGUUACACAAAUCUAGGAUGCAAUUUUUUUUAUUUCUUUGUCUGUCAUUUGCCCUAAUGUCAGUCAUUUGGGUCGGAUCUUUUGUUUGCUUCA